GAAUACAGCUCUUGAGCAAAAUGGCAACAUCCACUGUUGGAAAAUCACCACCAAACAAGAAUGAUGCCAAGAAUGCUUCCCUUGCAAUGAAGAGCAGGCAACAAGCUAUCAAUGAGGUCAACAAGCGAAGGACCCUGUUGCAAGACAACAGCUGGAUAAAGAAGAGACCUGAAGAGGAGAACACUAAUGAAAACUACGGCAGAGCGGUGCUUAAUCAAUACAAAUCACAAGAAGGCUUACACAGGAACACAGAAGAAAAUGGAGAUCAGAAAGCUUUAAUUAGCCGUUAUAGAUCUGACACUACUUUAGACAGGAUUUCUGGCGGAAGUGAUGCUGACAAAGCAAAUAAGCUUCCCACUUUCGAUGUCCAUUCAAGUAAGAGCAAGGAACCUGAUGUACUUGUCAGCCCUGGCAAUCCCACAUCACCUGUGAAAAAGAAAAGGCAGUCAUGGAUGCCUCCCACUGUCUCAAAUCAGAAAACCACCAAAGAUGAUGUCGAACCAAAAAGGCAAUCCUGGACCAAGUCAAACACUGCCUCAGGAAUGGCUGUCAAUAACAAACCAGUUUCUCCUUCUUCAGACAAAACUGUUGGACCAAAGAUGACAAUCUACUCCUCGGAACCGAUUGCAUCUCCAAAAGAACCAAUUGCAUCUCCAAAAGAACCGAUUCCAGCUCCAAAGCCAAAUGUUGUUGCAAAUAAUCGACCCACCACAAGGCAGAUAUCUCCAUUGAAAUUAAAUGAAACGGAUGGUAACAGAUCUCCAACUACAGACAGAGCUGGGAGAAACCAAGACUUGGAAAACCUCAUUAAAGUCAAAGCCAAAGAGAAUAAAACCAACCAGAAAAACCAAGGCCUGGACAAUUUCACUCAAAACAAAGACAAAGUUAAGAAACAAGACCAGAGACACCAAGAACUGGAUGAUGUCACCCAAGUAAAUCAUGCAUCUAAUGGACACAGCAAGGGAGAAAGGAACCUAGAUGACCCCAUUACUGAGGAGAACACGAAAGAGGAAAAGAGAAGAAGCCAAGAAUUGGAUGAUCUCCUAGUAAUAAAAUCCCCUAGUGUGGAUCAAAACAAGAAAUGGGCAUCUGAACAAGGCUACAAAGCUUUCAACACACCAUCCAAGCAGUCUGACACAGAUCAUUUAUACCAGGUCACAAAAGGAUCCAGCUAUAAUGGCUCAAGCAAUCAUUCCCAUCCAAAGAACACUACUGUGUACACAAGAACAUAUGAAAAUAGUCGAUUUCCCUACGAUGUUAAUGAAGACAGCAUCUCUGGAAAAUCUAUUAAAACUGUGUACUCUACUUCUGAUAGGGCCAUUAUUGAAAAAGAAAUGUGCACCUACUGCCGGAAGCCCUUGGGUUUGGAUACCAAGAUGAUUCUUGAUGCCUUGCAGAUUUGCUGCCAUGCAUCUUGCUUUAAGUGUGAAGCCUGUGAAACACCAUUGGAGAACCUGAAGGCUGGAGACAGCAUUUGGAUUUACAAGAACACAGUGCAUUGCACCCCCUGCUAUUCUAAAGUGAAAGCAUCAUGGGUUUACUAAUCUUUACUGACGUCAGAUCAAGCAUGAACUCGGAUGAAAAGCUACAUGCAUUUUAUCUUGGAAAGUCAUUAUUUUUAAAAGGAUGAGUGAAAUAUGCUAACAAUUGCCAUAAGCAGGAAACACUUCAGGAGAUACAAAUGACAGACAACUUCUUCAAGGAAAACAUCAAAUACCAGAAGCUUAAAAGAUAUCUAUGUUAGCAGCAAGAAAUGUCUAAGACUUCACUCCUAUGUGAACUUAACUAGGAGUAAUCUCAGUUAAACCCAGUAGGGUAUACUUCUGAGUAAACAUGAAUGAUAAAUAUAUCAUGAGAUGUUAUCUCUUUUGAUCUUGACUAAAUUUAUAUUUUGUUUUCAUAUUCAUGGCAAGUUCACACAUGCAUCUUCCAUCAGUGAGUGACUUGCAUGUGUGAAUGAGUCACCACAACUAUAUUUUAAUUUGAGCACAAUUAUAGUGGGCUUCCAUUCCAAGUUGUGCUUUAAAUCCUUCAUCUUUAUGCAAGUACGCUGGCUUCAAUCCUCAAUUAGCCUCUCAAAGUCAAUGGGUAAUAGUAGGUAUGGCUGGUUGUAGAUCAAGUAACUUCUCUGGAUUGAGGUCAGUGUCUUUUUUUUUUUGGAUUGGGGCCAACACCACACCAAUCUCAAAGAAAAGAAGCAGCAAUAGCCAGGCCAUCUGCAGCAUCAGAUUUGAUAAAACCAGUGGGUUUCCUCAAUAAUGACUUGUUGUUUGGUCAAGGAUUCUGGAUGGGAUCUUUGAUAGACAAGCUGAGUGAGGUAUGCUGGGCACUGUCGUCCUUUAAGUAACUUUUCCAAAGUUUCAAUGGGGUGGUACAUGGGAUGGAAAAUAGUGAGUUGGCUAUUAUCAAUAGAGGGAGAACCAGACUAUACGUCUUGAGACUGGGACUUAUUUGGACAUACACACAUGCAUUCACAACUCCUUUAUUAAAAUCUAUGACCAGAUCCAAUGAUCCUACAAGCACUUAGCUUCCUGUAUCUCAAUGUUAAAUAUUUCAGGGAUGAGGACCCUGUUAUACUGUAAUUGUGUAAUAUAUUUUUAAAGUGAUGCUUUUACCAAUGCACUAUGCAGUUAUGAACCUUGAUGUAUGUAUUCCUUUCUUUAAGUAUAUGCAAGCAGCUUAGCACACCUGGUGACAAGGAGUAUAAAAAUAUCUUUGAUGAGAAAAUGAACUAGAGCUAAGUAUCAAAAAAUACAACUAUAAAUAAAAUAUUGUUUUAAAAAUA